AUGCAUAUUAAGGAAAAGCUUGCCCAAAAUGAGACCGCUGAAAGGGUCGGUAUCUCAUUUGAGUUCUUCCCUCCCAAAACAGCGCAAGGUGUGCAGAACCUUUACGACCGAAUGGACCGAAUGCACGCAUUAGGCCCGUCCUUCAUUGAUAUCACAUGGGGUGCCGGAGGACGGUUGUCAGACUUGACUUGUGAGAUGGUUAAUGUGGCCCAAUCGGUGUACGGACUGGAGACUUGCAUGCAUUUGACAUGUACAGACAUGCCGACGGAGAAGGUAGAUGCCGCCCUACAGGCCGCCUACAAGUCUGGCUGUACUAAUAUCUUGGCCCUUCGUGGUGACCCGCCUCGUGAGCAAGAGAAGUGGGAAGCUGCAGAGGGCGGACUUCGUUAUGCGAAGGACCUGGUCAAGUACAUUCGGGACAAAUACGGAAACCAUUUUGACAUUGGAGUGGGAGGUUACCCGGAGGGCGCGGACGAUAACCCAGAUGUGGACCUCUUGAUAGAUCACCUGAAGGAGAAGGUCGAUGCAGGAGCCUCAUUCGUUAUCACACAAAUGUUCUACGAUACGGACAUUUUCAUCAGCUGGGUAAAGAAGUGCCGCGCCAAGGGAAUCAACGUGCCUAUUAUCCCUGGUAUCAUGCCGAUUCAAACUUAUUCCGCGUUUAUUAGACGAGCAAACUGGACAAAGAUUCAUAUUCCCGAAGAUUGGCUCGAGACUCUGGAGCCAGUGAAGAAUGAUGAUGCGGUUGUCAAGGAGAUUGGAAAGGUCCUGAUCGCAGACAUGUGUAGGAGGCUCCUGGCAGCUGGCAUUAACCAUUUGCACUUUUAUACGAUGAACCUUGCCCAGGCCACGCAGCUGGUCCUCGAUGAGCUGAAACUGAUGCCCUCCGAAGAGACCCCAAUCCAGCGACCCUUGCCCUGGCGGCCGUCGCUUGGUCUUAACCGUAGGGCAGAGGAUGUUCGCCCGAUCUUCUGGCGGAACCGGAACUCUUCUUACAUCGCUCGCACGCAGACAUGGGAUGAGUUCCCGAACGGCCGCUGGACCGACUCCCGAUCUCCAGCCUUUGGUGAGCUUGAUUCUUACGGUAUAGGUCUCAAGGGCACAAACGAACAAAACAUUCAACUGUGGGGUGAACCGAAGUCCAUUCGGGACCUUUCGCACCUCUUCGUUAGUUAUCUGGAGGGUAAACUGAGUCGGUUGCCCUGGAGUGACACACCUAUCAGCUCCGAAGCGAAAACUAUCAAACCCAACCUAAUCGAACUCAAUAACCGGGGUAUCCUCACUAUCAACUCUCAGCCCGCUGUCAAUGGAGCUAAGUCGUCUCACCCUGUGUAUGGAUGGGGUCCGAAGAAUGGCUUCGUCUACCAGAAGGCAUACCUCGAACUCUUGAUCCCCCCAUACUUGCUUGACGAACUGAUUGCCCGCAUCGAAAGUAACGAAGAUCUUACCUACCACGCAGUUUCAAAGAAUGGCGAAUUGCGGACCAACACCCAAGAUAGCCCUAAUGCCUUGACUUGGGGUAUCUUCGCCGGUAGAGAGGUUGUCCAACCUACCAUUGUUGAAACCAUCAGUUUCCUGGCCUGGAAGGACGAGGCAUACCGUCUAGGUGAAGACUGGGCUAAGUGCCAUGCUGCUACGAGCCCCAGCAGGAAAUUCAUUCAAGGCCUGGUGGACAACUGGUACCUUGUUAACAUCGUCAACAACGACUUCCACAACACAUACGAUCUCUUUGAACUGUUCAAGGACUUGAACGUAAAAGAUUUCGAUGUCGAAGUCACCGCAGACAACGCCGGCUCGAAGUCCCAGGCGGCCGAGGCCACCGCAAACUAA